AUGACUAUGCUGUAUGAGGUUGAUUCCGACGCAGGGUCCUCAACACCCAAUAGUGUUCAGAGCCAUUACUCAACCAGCACAUCAGCUUCCAACACGUCCAACACAUAUGCCAAUAAGUCAAAGUACUUUCACCGCAUCUCCGUCCCUCUUGGCAAGCAUACAAGCCUCAUGUUGGACAGCAAUGACAAUGUUGAUGAUAUCGAAGAGGAAGAGGGAAAUGACGAGACAGACUACGAAUUGACUAGAAAUGCAAGUUCAAGUGCGAGCGCAAGUGCAAGUGCAACUCCUGUAACUAAUUCUGUAUCGACAUCAGAACACCACCAACAUUCCCUCUUGGCCCAAUUUGAACUCAAUGAAAUGAUCCCAUUCAACUUGUGUAAGCAUCUAUAUGAAAAGUUACAACAGGAAAUGCGUCUAGAAACACAACUACGUGGUGGACCCCAAGUAGAUGAAGACCAAAUUGAUAAGUUAUACUAUCUACUCAUCUCACUAUGCUAUAUCAAGGCAUUCAAACAAGUAUAUUCAACCAUAAAACUAGAGCAGAACAAAAUAGACUUGUUCAAAAGUGAGCAAAGUAUCGACAAGGAUGAAGAAAAAGUAUGCAUUUCAGACCUCAAGCUCAUAUCCCAUCUACAAGUAUAUGUUCCAGAAAGAAUAGAUAUGCUACUAUGCGGAUUGGGUAACCUUGUUACACCACACGGUAAAGUAUGUCUACUAUGGCCCAAGACUACACUAUUAACCCUACUAGUCAAUGCAAUACACUAUGGUUUAUUGUACUUUAACGAAAAAAUCAUAUCACGAAAACUACCAAACUUUGAAUCUGGAAUCAAAAACUUUAACAACAAAGAAAAAAGAAAGUCUGGAGAUAUGAAAUUUACAAAAGAGUCUCGAGAAUUGGGCAGCGAUCAUGGUAAAGGGGUGGCAACACAGCUUAUAUGGAGCGAUUAUGAAGGCUAUGAAAAGUUUCAAACAUAUUGCUCUCGUUACUUGUCACAAUUUGGUGAUGUUGAACAAAUGUGUCGACAAAACAACCAAAGUGAAUUAUACCAGUUUCACUUGACACACCCAGAGUACUCUUUAGUAUACGAAGCAAGUCUAUGUCUGUAUUUGGAAUGGAGCAAACGUAUCAACAAGUACGACGAGUCAGAUGUCAUUGUUUCAGCCCUAUCUAUACUAGGUUUACAGUUUGUCACUAUCCAAUCGACAAUUUUAAAGAAUAUGACUUUGAGGAUUGUACAGGCAUAUACUAAAUAUGAAGCAGCUAAGUUUGAAAAAAUUUGGAAGAUGAAGAACACAAGAGGCACUGGAAAGGGCAUGUUGGGCCAGUUGUGCAAAGAAGAAAAGGUUGAGAAUGAUCAAAGGUUGAGCAUGGACUCAAAGAGUAGUGGCAAUAACAACGACAACUUUGGCCAGCAUUGUAGUAAAUUGUGUGUUUCAGCUUUUCCAUUUACCGGUAUCAACAAGACAUUUGGUAAUAUGUUGAAGCCAAGCAGACAUUAUGAUAUCGUUGACUCUGAAGCCGCAUUGUUAUUGUUCCAAGAUAUUAUAAAUCAAGGAGUAUAG